AAUUAAUAAGAAUAUAGUGUCUAGCAAGAAGCUUUAAAAUAUAAGCAUGGGUGUAUGUACUAGAUAGACACUCAGUUCAAUCUCUGUGGCAAGAAACGUGAUAAUGUUUCUGAAAUGUUUUGGUGAGUCAAGUUCAUCCGGAAGACAAUAUCCAACAGUAAUAGAAGAGUUGUGUCGUCAUUUUUCUCUUGCUGAUAUUCAGAAAUCAACCAACAAUUUUGAUCAUAAGAGACUAAUUGCACGAGGAGCAUGGGUUAAAGUAUACAAAGGUUGUCUCCAGCAUAUUGAUGGUUCUGAUUACGCGGUGGCAGUGAGGCGAUUUAAGGAGGAGGAGAGUGAAACAUUCAAAAGAGAAGUAGAGUUACUGUGUCAGCUUCAUCACCCAAAUUGUGUGUCUAUUGUAGGAUUUUGCAACCACGAAAAAGAGAAGAUCAUUGUGCAUGAAUACUUGUCCAAUGGAUCUCUAGAUCGAUACCUGGUAGAUGAUAAGGUUAGGGAAGCACUGCCAUGGAAAAAAAGGAUAGAGAUUUGCAUAGGAUCAGCACGUGGACUACACUACCUUCAUGCCGGACUCAAACGCACCAUCAUUCACCGCAACAUCAAUUCUGCCAGCAUUCUUUUGGAUGACAACAUGCACCCAAAACUCUCAAGUUUCGGCCUUAGCAUAAUGGGAGCACAUUUCAAAGAAAAGUCAAAACCAAUACAAACGGAUAUUGUAGGUCAUGCUGCCCACUUACCUCCGGAGUACAUAAAGGACGGUACUGUCACACAUAAAUGUGAUGUUUACGCAUUUGGUGUUGUUCUGCUACAAGUUGUAGUGAGGGGAACAAGUAUUUUUCCAAUGCUAGAAGAACUUAUGGGGAAGUGUGUUGAGGAGAAUAUUGAUCCGAAAAUCAAAGGAAAGAUUGCACCAGAGUGUUGGCAAGUGUUUAUAGACAUAGCCUUGAGAUGCAUGAAGGAUGAACCUGAGGAACGACCAGAAAUGGGUGAAGUGGAGGUGCAACUUGAGUUUGCUCUGUUGUUGCAGGAACAAGCAGAUGUCACAAACAUCAAUAGUUAUUAUACCUUAUCGUCCAAAACCAUUAUUACCCGAAAAUGCGAGUGGAGGUGGGGAUUUGACGAUGUGGCUAAUAAGUUUUUUAAGUAUAGUCAGGUUUAAUAAGAUAUAUCUAGCAUUGUUCUUGGCAUUUGAUGAAUGUGAUUGUAUAAGUUGUAAUUCUAGCCGAGCGUAAUGCAUUUAUUGUGAUGCAUUUAUAAUA